CACAGUGGCUCUCGUAAUUAUGUACAGCGUCUAUAUAUAUUUGUAAAUCAUAUUUUUGGAGAAACAACAUUGCACCACAUAGAACAUUAAAAGGCAAGAGAAUCCUGCCUGCAAGAUUGCAAUCUAGGUAACCCUCCCUUCUAGACAAGCCCAUGGAGGUACUGGCCCUAUAAUUCAAUAUACUGCAGGUGUUUGAAAAGUAAUAUAUGUUGCGCAACGUUAAGAUAACAAAAUUAGUAUUCAGGGUUGCAGUGUAGAGAAGCCAGCUUUGUAAAAGUUCUUUGCUGCACAUCUUGUUUUAUCCGCCUGCUAGAGGUGGCAGGGAAAGAGGGCAGAGUUGUGAACCUGCUCCAACAAUAGCCCUCUGUAUUUACAUGUGGGCUGCAGAGGAGUAGCCUGCUAGUUUUCUCUCCUGAAUACUACUCCAUUACUCCUUUGCCAGGCUGUUCACUUGUCUGCAUGGAACUACUACUCGCCUGUAGCUACCAGGUUCUUUGCUUAAAAAUGCACUAAUUUGUUUAUAAGAGGAUCCCAGACUUGGACUAAAAGCUCCAUCAUGUCAAAAGAGAUGAAGGAGCUCCAAAAGCGAUGGAACUCCAUGUUGGAAACUGUUCACAGCAACUCUCACGUUGUUGCUUUUAUGAACUCCAGAGUUGGCCACUACUUAGAUGACCACCCUUUUGUCGCCUUGUCUCUGCUGAUCUUCAUGGCAGCAUCUGCGAUUCCUGUUGCCUUCUUUCUGGUUUUUGUUGCUGCCACAACGGUCACUGCUUGCAUUGGAGUAAUUUUCAUGGAAGGUUUUUUAAUAUUGCUGUCAGGUGUCACCUUGCUUUGUGUUCUUGGAGGACUGGGUAUGUUAUCCCUGGCAGUGUCUGGAGUGCUGAGUGUUUGCUACUUGUCUCUUACAACUCUGCUGAACCAUUGGCCCUCUCCAAGCAGCAUGUCAAAAAAAGAAAUUGCUAAUGGAAGUGGUUUUUUGCCAAGCGACCCUCCUGCCUUAGAUCAAGACACUACUAAUAAGAAGAGUGAAUAAAUUGAAGCUCCGAAUGCUUUCUUAGCGGCACCAAAAAGAGGCGCCGUUUCAGGAGAAUUGUUACGUUCUCAAAAUGUUUACUUGUCAGAAUGGCCAAAGUUUUGUUUAAUGCUUUUUGGAACUAGCGGUCGGUUUUUCUCUGCAGCUUAUAGUUAUAUUGACUGUGUCCUCAUUAAAUACUGUUCUUCCAGGCUGAGGUUCCAUUUAGGUCAGUGAAUAUUUUGUGAAGGAAAAUGGGCUACUUCCAUGUCUGCUGGUUUUACAGCUUGUUAAAACUCAAGAGCUGGAAACUCUUCUACCUAACAAGAGGCAAAACUCAGCUGUUCAGUAACCAUGCAUUUUUGAAAAGACAUAUGAAUGUGGAACAUUACCUUCAAGCCUUAAGCUUUCUUGCAAUGCUCAUUGUUGCAGCAAAUGGACCUCUCAGCAUGUGAAAUAAACAUAGGUGGAAAAGAGGACAUCUCCUUUAUGACUGCGGGCUCAAGCACUUUUGUUCUGUGUUUUAAAUUAUUCAGAAAUGAUAUCCAUUUAGGUGGUGUUUUUUGUGUUUGUGUUGUUGUUGUUAUUUGUUUUGUUUUGGUUUUUUGCUUCUCAUGAUACUGGGGGCUUUGCAAAGCACUGCAUGGUUAAGUAUUGUGCCUUAUUUUAUAUAAGUGUGUUUUCAAUUAUAUGUACAUGUAUUUUGUGUCAGGUGUUUUCACAUCUUCAAAACUUUUUUUAAAAUAGUGACAUUAUUAUUAUUGCCUUGCUUCAGCUCUUAAUGCCAUUGUCAGAUAUUAAAAUAAACUAAUGUCUGGUUUAUCACA